ACCCGGCUCGCAAUGCGUUUAAAGCGGCUAACGGGUACGCUAGCGCUAGCAACUCUCCAAAUUCUUUUCCGAAGAAGAAGCCUCGUCUCCGAUUAGGGUUAGGGUUUCAGUGUUCUCUCUUCCUUCCGUGUCACUGUUACGCUUCCCUUCGUCGGUCCUCGCUUGCGCUCCGAGAGCUAUGGACUCUGCUCUUGUGAUCAAGGUGAAAUAUGGAGAUACCCUCAGGCGCUUCAGUGCUCAUGUUGAUGAGAAUAAUAGGCUGGAUCUUGACAUGGUUGGCUUGAGAGCAAAGAUAUGUUCUAUCUUCAGUUUCAGUGCCGAUGAAAAUUUAAUUCUGAGAUAUGUUGAUGAAGAUGGCGACCUGGUGACUCUAGUUGAUGAUGAUGAUUUGCGUGAUGUGAUGAGGCAGCAAUUGAAGUUCUUGAGAAUUGAUGUACAUAUGAACAGUGGUGAUAAAUCAAAUGCUGGCUCUAGUGGAAGUGCCACCCCCUCAGAAACUUGUCCUGUCACAAGCCCAUUUCUGCUUAGAAAUGCUAUGGUACGUGAACAUCUUUCUAAAAAAGCAGCAUCUUCAAGUCCUGUGGUUGAUAAUCUUGCCAAUUCAAUUAUGAAAAUGGGACUAAAUUCCCAUUUCCAGCCUCGUGAUACAGCUGGUGAAAGCUCAAAAACUGGUGUUCCUGAAGAACCUAUCACUAAAGCAAUGGGUCCACAAUCUUCACAUGUGGACUCAGCCUCCAAUGCCAGUGUCAAUAGUGAUAGUGCUACCCCCAUAAGAUCUCCAAUUCCAAACCCUUAUCUAAGUGGAAAUGCUGUUAAAGUUGACAUCUCAUGUUCUGUGCCCGAACCAGUACGCCAGUUUUUUUCCAAAUCAUCAAGUUCAAAUGCUGCUGCGUCUUCAAGUCAGCUGCCUGCAAAUCUCGCUGAUUUAAUUUCCCUAGUGCCUGAACCAGUACGCGAGUUUCUUUCCAAUUUAUCGCAUUCAAAUGCUGCAUCUUCAAAUCAGCUGCCUGUUAAUCUCACUGAUUUAGUUUCCCUACUGGGACAAUCUAUUCUAAAUUCUCAUUGCCAGCCUCAUGUUGCAACUGGUCCAUUCGCAAAAAAUGGUGUUCCUGAAGAACCUAUCACUUCUGAAGCAAGAGGUCAACAGAUCCCAUCUGCAGACUCGGCUUCCAAUGCCACUCAACAGGUGGAGGCAGGAGUUGCCACUAUUGAUCUCAAUGCCCCUCCUUUUGAUCCCUUUUUAGCUCAGUUCACUUGUGAAAAUAAGGCUCCACUUUCAUCAGAAGCUCCUAAUGGUCAUGGUAAGAAGGGUAAAAUGCCGACUGUCGAUAGUUCUGCUGGUAAGGGUGACAGUAGUGGGAUAUCCUCAAGUUUUGCUGCUCCUAAUAAUUCAACCCAGACUACAUCAUUGACUUCUGGUGCUUUCAUUGAAUGCCCAUUUGCUGGGACAUAUAUUAAUUCUUGGACACCACUUCCUGGAAACUCUCAAAUGCCCCCAUUUAAAAGGAGCCAUAGUCACACUGAUGCAAUGUCUGGUAUGUUCCAUAAGGGGGUCCGCUGUGAUGGCUGUGGUGUCUAUCCAAUAACUGGACCUCGUUUCAAAUCCAAAGUAAAGGAAAAUUAUGAUCUUUGCAACAUUUGUUUCAAUGAAAUGGGUAAUGGGACAGAUUAUAUCAGAAUGGACCGCCCUGCAUCUGCUCGGGCCCCUCGAUACUUACAUGGACAUACAAAAAACUUUCCAACAUUACCACCACAUAUUUUUAAGAAAGGUGCCAUUUUGAAGCAUGCAAAGCCAAAACUAGAUAGUAGGUUUAUUUUGGAUGUUAAUGUGAUAGAUGGUACAAUGAUGGCUCCAUCUACUGCAUUUACAAAGAUCUGGCGGAUGCGCAAUAAUGGCACUAUAGUCUGGCACAAGGGAACUCAACUUGUUUGGAUUGGAGGAGACAAGUUUAGUGACUCUCAUUCAGUUGACUUAGAGGUUCCUGAGGAUGGUGUCCCUUUGGAGAAGGAACUUGACAUUGCCGUUGACUUCACAGCACCUCCAUUACCUGGUCGUUACAUAUCAUAUUGGAGGAUGACAACUCCAUCUGGACAUCAAUUUGGCCAACGUGUUUGGGUCCUUAUACAGGUUGAUGCCUCUCUCAAGGACUCAUUUUAUGAUAACUCUCAAGGUCUGAACUUGAAUAUUCCCCUCGAUAUCAGUGGCUCUAAAGGACCUCAUAUUAUAGAUAUCAAUGUCCAGCCUACUGAGGAUGAUACUGUUCUUCAAACCCGCAAGCCUAAUGCUCCCAUUGAGCCUUUGAAUCAAAUGGUUGAUGAGGAACCAAGGUUGGAGCUGGAAAACGAAUUCCCUAUAAAUGAAGCGACAUUUGUUGCCCCUGUUGCCUCAGCCCCAGCUGCAACCUCUGUGGCAUCUUCAUCAGUGCCUUGUCCUAUAAUUGAUCUGUCUGAAACAACCCCAGCUGUUCCAUCUAAUCAGCAAUCCCCAACCGUGGAUGUGCCAUCGUCAUCUAUGGGUACUGGUGGAGGAAUUAAUUCUGUGGAGGAGAAUCUACUUAAAGAGCUUGAGGAGAUGGGUUUUAAACAGGUUGAUUUGAACAAGGAGAUCUUGAGGAAGAAUGAGUACGAUCUGGACCAAUCCCUAGACGCUCUCUGUGGUGUUGAUGCUCUCUGUGGUGUUGAUGUCUGUGGUGUUUCUGAGUGGGACCAUAUGCUUGAAGAGUUACAGGAGAUGGGUUUUCGUGACAAAGAGAUGAAUAAGAGACUGCUUGAGAAAAACAAUGGAAGCCUCAAACGUGUUGUUAUGGAUUUAAUAAACGGCGAGUAGUUUUAGUUGAAAUGUUAGUUAAUAGUUUAUGUAAAGGUGACGACUUGUGCUCCUAGGGUGCCUGAUACUUGCCUGGCAGUCAUAAUUAUCUAAUUUCCUAUCUCGAUCUUGAGUUGUGGUGAUUCAUCACAAUUGAACAAUUUGAUCUAUCCUAUGCUUGGAUUUAAGUAUGUUAUGAACUCAAAAGUAUAUAGCUAAAUCAUUUUGGUUAUUUAUAGAUUAACCCUUUUUUUAUGUA